AAAGAGUCGUCAAGAUUUCUUCCCAUUUCGGUAGGUCGGGAAAGCGAAAACUAGCGACAUUUAUUGUUAGAGAAAUGUUGAACACAAGGACAGGUGUGGAGAAAGAAGGAGAAAGUCCAUGAACUCGAUACAGACUGAGGUUAGUCUAGGUGUGGAGAAAGAAGGAGAAAGUCCAUGAACUUGAUACAGACUGAUGUUAGUCUAGGUGUGGAGAAAGAAGGAGAAAGUCCAUGAACUUGAUACAGACUGAGGUUAGUCUAGGUGUGGAGAAAGAAGGAGAAAGUCCAUGAACUUGAUACAGACUGAGGGUUAUAGGAUCAAUUUUUAGAAAUCUUGAUUCAAUGAAAGAUCUACAUUUAGCAAUGUACAGUCUUUUUACCUUCCGAGUCGUAGACCUAUUUUUCAAGUCCUAAAACAUAGAACUACUAUGGUGGCUACUUAGAGAUCAACAUAAACAAUCAGAAUGACAUAAAAUGACACACUAAAUGUUGACGGUCAAGAUGACAACGCUUACUUGGCACUGAUGCUCUAUGACUAAGCCUACACAACAUUUUGUUCCUGGAUAGCCUGAAGAGUAAAACCAAGUGAUGGCUGCUCGACGCUCUACAGAGUCAAGAAUGUUAAAAGCCGAAAAUAAACUCAAACAAAUUCUACCUUUGAAAAAACCAGAAUGGAUUGUGGGAUGGAAUUCAUCAAAUAUUCACGAAGAUACAGAUAUUGUGACAUGGAUGUCUGGAGACACACAGCAGACUAAACAUGGCAGGCGAAACACUAGUACUGAAUCAGGGGACAAAUACAGACAAGUCUUCAGUUGGUGCUCCGGUCAUGAGGAUCAGGAAAUAUUUAGACGUCACAGUCUACAUGAUCGCUACACAAGAGCAUCUAUAAACCAAACGAAUUCAACGGAGACCAAAUCACAUUUACCUGAGUGGCCGGCAUUGGCAGACGACAGUCAGCGGAGGUCACUGGAUAGUAUGAUUAAGUCUCUCAAACCUGAAGAACUGCACCUGAUAUCUCACUUAAAGACACCACAAACUAAAAAUACAGCCUGUUCAGACAAUGCCUUGAAACUUCAAAACAUGGAAGGAAAGUCCACUGCAAAACAAACCUGUCAGUUGAGACCAGAAAGUCAAGAUAAUGACUUCGAGCCAAAAUCAGUACGGGUUCAUCAGGCGUCGGACACAACUCCUGUUACAUUAGCGUCUUUGUCCCAGACGUCGAUGGAAAACCACCAGUCUACGUCAAGGGGACAUCAUCACAAACUGAGACACUCGGGGGAUAUGUCCUUGACAGACAACUUGCAUUCAGAUUUGUCAUUUAGCCGAAACAUAUCGGCAUUAACGCCAGGAGACAACUCUACAAUCAAGUUGACGUACACUAAAAAAGAGACAAACUUGUUCGAGCCACGUGAUAAAGGAGCAGACGAAGUGAACUCUAACGAUUCCCGCCAACCUCUAAAUGAAAAAUCAAAGCUGACAGAAAUCAGCUUACAGCAAAUCUCUCCCAGCUAUCUAGGCCUCCACCAGAUUACGCAUUUAACUCCUCACUACCAGUCAACGGAUAGUUUACCAAGCAAUUCAACCAACAAACCUCAUCGGACGUUGUCCAAAUCUUCCGAGGACAAAGAGAUUCGGCCCAGAUUGCUCGUCUUAAAGAAAAUUUCUAUCCAAGACAGCUCUGGGUCUCAUGAUGAAUCAGGGGAAACAAGUCAUUCAAACCGCGCGUCUUUUUUGAGUCCGUUGAAACUCUCUAAGCCAAAAAAAGACUCCAAGAUGUCAUCCAAUGUCUUGGUGUAUCAGAACGACCUCCUCAAAAGUGACAAACUAGACAUUCAUCUAGACUUGCCUUGGAUUCAAGAUCAAAAAGACAAAGGGCGCAAUUCUAAGAGCAAGAGUCCAAAGAAAUUUCUCAACAUCUUUAAUUCUUCUUUUCUGAAGCCAUUUAGUCUACCAGAUGUUAACUCAGACAAGGCUCAGAACCUCGACGAUCAUGACACGAAGACUGAAGCAGCAUCAGUUCAUGGCAAAAGAUGUUUCUCGGAUGUUUCAGUUGUUAACCCUACACGUCCAGUGCUUCAGUAUCUGGGGCAACAAAUACGUCAGAAUGCGGACUCGCCGAUGCAUCUUACCCAUCAGAAAUUAUUGGAUGGACAUGGAGAAGUUGCCAUGGCGACUGCUAGCUGUGAAGAUCUCUGUUCUCUUUCACUUCUCAAGCUUUUUGGGCACGAGUCCAGGUGUACAUCCAGUGUGUCAGUCCCUGUGGUGCCCGAGCUUAGUAUUCCAAGAGGUCAAGGUUUCAGACCAUACAAUUCCAUUUCUCCGUUACAGCGCGCCAAAAAUAUUUCCUUCCGUCGACUUCAUGGUUUUGUGGCCCAUUUACCGGAUGGCGCCCAAACAUUCAAAGUUACUGCCCCACGUCUACCAGCGACAAGAAUUGACCGCCUGGAGACAGCCAAGAAACUGGACCAGCUAGAUACCUCACUAACGUAAUUGUUGCUUCAAGAUUGUUUGUACUACGCUAUUGAUGUUUAUUCAAAUUAAAAGAACUAAAUGAAAUGUUGAGAUCCAUAGAUUGGAGACACUGUUUGAGUUUCAUGUUUGUUUCCCACUGUCAGAACAGCUCAAAGGUCUGCGUUUGGAUUGGGGCGACAGUGAAGGAUUUAGUCUGUCAUUUUUUUUACUAUUUAAUUUUUUUUUUGUAUUCUCUACUAAAGAGAUGAACCAAAAAAAAAAUCUUUAAAAUGAAUUGAGAAUAAUAAAAGAUAAAAGGAUUUUAAGUAUAAAUAAGCUCUAUUGUCGAUGUGUUUUUGCCUUUGUUAGAUGCACCAGAUUGGUAUCGACAGCACACAAAUAAAUAACCUUACA